GAUUUCUGUUCCAGAGCAAAGGUCACUUAGCUGCUUGAAUCAGCCUUUUUUUUUUCUUCCUCAACUUUGUUUCCUUGAUAAGGAAGGUCAGCUUUGCAAAGUCAAAGGUGCCUCUUAUCAUCUCCUGCUUUCUACAAAUAGUUCUGUGAACCAGAACGUUCCUGUGAAAGAUGGCGGGGAAUUCUAUCCUGCUGGCUGCUGUCUCUAUUCUCUCUGUCUGUCAGCAAAGUUAUUUUGCUUUGCAUGUUGGAAAAGCAAGAUCAAAAUACAAAGUUACACCUCCAGCAGUCACUGGGUCACUAGAGUUUGAGAGAAUAUUUCGUGCACAACAAAACUGUGUGGAGUUUUAUCCCAUAUUCCUGAUUACAUUGUGGAUGGCUGGAUGGUAUUUUAACCAAGUUUUUGCUACUUGUCUGGGUCUGGUGUACAUAUAUGCCCGUCACCUGUUCUUCUGGGGAUAUUCAGAAGCUGCUAAAAAGAGGACUGUUGUCAGCGCCCUGGGAAUUGCAAACAACUUUCUGGAUGAAUAUCUAGACCUCAAAGUUGCCAAGAAACUGAAGUCGAGCUUCUAACUUUUUCUCUUCCCUUUCCAUUAAUGCUUGCAGAAGCUAUUUCUACCCUGAUGGUAAUAUGGCGUCAUAAGUUAAAUAAAUAAAGAAUUUAUUCUGUUUUUCUUGAAA